UUUUUUAGUUUCUCCGUUUCAUCCCCUCUGUAAUCAUUACCCCACCACCACCGGUACAAAGAAUUAUCGCAAAACCUUGUCUCCAUCUCUCCUUAAAGCUUUUCUGUAUAUGUAUCCCUACACACUUACAUGUAUAAUUGUGCUUUCUUCUCCAAAUCACAAUACCCACUUCUGUAUUUAUGGUGUAAAGGAAAGAAAAGCGCAGGAGAGAGGUGGGGUUUGUGGUAGUGGUUGACGAAUAAGAGGAAGAAGAAGAAGAGGAAGAGAGAAUGGGGAGAGGGAGAGUGGUGUUGCAGAGGAUAGAGAACAAGAUCAACCGCCAAGUCACCUUCUCCAAACGGAGAAAUGGACUGCUGAAGAAAGCCUACGAGCUUUCUGUGCUCUGCGAUGCUGAGGUCUGUCUCAUCAUCUUCUCUAGCCGUGGGAAGCUUUUCGAGUUCGGAAGCUCUGGCAUGACCAAAACCAUUGAGCGAUACCGAAGAUGUUGUUACGCCUCAAGAGAUAACAAUGACGCUGAGCAUGAUAGACAGAUUGGGCACGAAGAGUAUUCGAAGUUAAAGGCCAAAUAUGAAUCUCUUAUGGACUCACAGAGGCAUUUGCUUGGAGAGGAUCUUGGGCUGCUUAGUAUCAAAGAGUUGCAAAAUCUUGAGAAAAUGCUCGAGGGAACUCUCUCUCAAGCAAGGCAACGAAAGGCACAAAUGAUGUUAAAACAAAUGGACGAACUGAAAAAAAAGGAGCAUGAUCUUGAAGAGAUGAAUAAACAGCUCACAUCGAAGCUUGAGGAACUUGAAGAAUGUGUUCGAGUAAUUGAAGCUUCAUGGGAUUCUGGCACAGUAGCUGGCAACGACAGCCUCAACAUGCACAUCUCUCAACCCAACCAAAUUCAACCUCAACCUCAACCCCAACCCCAACCCAGCCUACCAAUGGGGUUCCACGAAUUUGUUCCACCGGAAGGAGCAGCUAUAGCAAGGAAUGUAGGCAAUGCCCGGAAUGGCCUCGCCCAAGGAUGGCUUGUUUGACCUUCAAACCAUCAUAAAAAAUACCAAUAAAUGCGUGAUGUUGCGACUUAUAUUUUGUUUGGAAUUGACUUCUUGAGUGAUCUUUGCUUUUUCAAAAUUAUUAUAUAUGUAUAUAUGGUUUGUUUUUUUUAUGCAAUUGAAUAUGAUUUUGAUAAUAAACAUAGAUAUGUACGAGACAUUCUCUUA